CAGCAAAGGGCCGUUGUUGUGGCGCGGAGCUGAAGGGCGUGCCAGAGCCGAACGAGGAAGGUGAUACAAGCAUAAGAAACCGGAGCAUAAACAGAGCGGAAAGAGACGGUGUGAGAUUGGAAGAAGCGGAAAACAAAAAACUGGGCGCGCGGGCUCAUGCGGCGGUCCUGUGAUGAUUACUACGAGUUGCACAGAAGGACGCUUAGCAGCGGAGGGACGUGGCGAUGGUGAUGGUGGUCAUGGUGGUGGUGACGGGCAGAUGCUCGGCGGGCAGGAAAUGAUGGCAUCCAAACGACGGGGUGUCGCAACGGUCGGAGUGAGGCUCAAGGCAAGGGAUUCCGGCAGCGUGUCCAGCUCAUCUGCCCUUCAUCGUCGAGCGUGCCACCGCCUCCCACACGUGCGCGCCGCGGAUCACAGGCCGAGCUUGGCUGGGCGGCAUCCUGGCCUGACAGGCAUCUCCACGUCCCGGGUCGGAGCCUCUGCGGCCUCGACGGCGCACCCCCCCCAGAGACGAAAAGACACCGACAAAUCUCCUUUGCUCCCUUGGUGCGGCCUCGUUGGGCUCCAGCAGCACCCUGACCCAAGCUCGGCACCGUUGCCAACUCAAUCCCGUCACCGACCGGUCAACAAUGGCAAAGCAGAAGAAUACCGUACUUACUUUUACUCCGUAUUGCUCUCGCCAUGCCCGAUGAUGAAACGCGCGCGACCUUCUCCCGCAACAAGCUUACGCCAUUGCCGUCGGCUGGCGCGCGGCGACCCUGGCACUGAUCUGGGGACGAGUGCACGUCGUCGUGGCCGUCGAGACUCGAGCCCGACGCCGUCUCGUUGCCCGAUGCGGUAAGAUGCGCACCAGCAUUGCGAUGGUCAGACCAUGUCUGGGCGUUCACCGCUGAGCCCCAAAGAUUACCGGGUAGCUUGAUUCAGAAGCCUUGCAAUUUGUGAUGUGCGUGACUUCCACGUCGUUUCAGCUUCUAUAUCCGUAAACUCGGGGUCAGCCAAUCAGCGCGCCUGGCAGGAACAACGAGGCUCCGCCACGUCGAAGUGC